AUGUCUAUUUCGCCCGCAAUCCGAAUAUCGCCCUCACGGGCAGCGCGCGCCGUGAACCUGCUCCGCACUGUACAGUUUACGCAUCCUCCGUCAUGUCCAUGCCAUUCGAACCCCGCGCACCACCAUCAUACGCCUACCACCAUCCAUCAAGCACGCAGGCACCUUGCAACACCUCUUGACACCUCGCACCAGAAGGAGUACGCUUUUGAAAUGGCAGCUUCAUCGAUACGCUUCGGGCCCGGCUGCACAAAGGAAGUGGGCAUGGACUUCAGCAACAUGGGGGCCAAGCGCGUCAUGGUGGUCACAGAUGGAAAUGUGAGGAAGCUGAAUGCGAUGAAGCAAGCUGUAGAAGGCCUUACAAGAGAGGGCAUACAAUUUGAGGUAUAUGACGGCGUAAGAGUAGAGCCAAAGGACGACAGCAUCAAGGCAGCCAUCGAGGUCAGCAAGAAAUACAGGCCGGAUGCUUUCUUAGCCGUUGGCGGUGGGAGUGUGAUCGAUACAGCCAAGUUGAUGAACUUGUAUACGACAUUCCCUGAGGCCGAUUUCCUGGAUUUUGUGAACGCUCCUCUGGGCAAGGGUAUGCCGAUUCAAUCGAAGCUUUACCCUCUCGUUGCUGUACCUACCACCGCUGGAACUGGCUCUGAAACUACGGGCACCGCCAUCUUUGAUUUAGUAUCGAAGCGUGCAAAGACCGGGAUUGCGCAUCGUAACUUAAAACCUACGCUAGGCAUAGUAGACCCGCUCAAUACUCGUACAAUGCCCUCCGCAGUACACGCAUCUUCCGGUCUGGACGUGCUCUGCCACUCCCUCGAGUCAUGGACCGCGAUACCUUUCUACGAGCGUACACCGCGACCCGCAAAUCCAAUCCAAAGACCAGCGUAUCAAGGUGCAAAUCCCAUUUCAGAUAUCUUCUCCCUUCAAGCGCUCAGAGAUACGGUCAAGUAUCUCCCCCGCGCAGUGAAAGACCCCGAAGAUCACGAAGCGCAGUCGCAGAUGCUGCUCGCUGCUACCCUAGCAGGCGUUGGUUUCGGUAACGCAGGUGUCCAUUUGUGCCAUGGCAUGUCCUACCCCAUCUCUGGGCAGAACCCAGGCUACAAACACGCCGGCUACGAAGUAGAGCACAAGAUCAUUCCUCACGGCGUGUCAGUCGCCGUGACAGCACCCGCAGUCUUCAAAUUUACAGGCGCGUCGAACCCCGAGCGGCAUCUGCAGGCCGCGGAGGCGUUUGGCGUUGACAUAAGCAAUGUGAAGAAGGAGUCUGCGGGCGAAGUGCUAAGCGAGGCAUUGGCGGAGUUUCUGGUCAAACUUGGUGAUCAGCCGCGAGGCUUGAAGCACCUUGGCUUUGGAAAGGAGCAUGUGGAUGGGCUUGUGGAAGGGACGAUUCCGCAGGCAAGAGUGCUGAUGCUGGCGCCCAAUUUAGAGAUGUCGAAUAUAGAGGCGGAGAGGGAGCAGUUGAGGGGCUUGUUUGAGGAGGCGAUGGAGUAUUGA